AUGUUCCACACAUUCCCUAACAAAUCCAAACCCCAUUCGCCCGUCUCGCUGGAGAAGACCUACUCCCUAACGGCACACUACGACGACUUCCAGGAGGUCAAGUAUGGCAGCCGGUACAGCAGCAAUGGCAUGAGCCUGACCCUGGGUGGCUCUCUGGAUCGCAGCGGGCGAUCCAGAGGUGGGGCAGCGGGCGGGGCGGCAUGUAAAUCCUCCACGCCUGAGAGGUGGAGCCGGCGCGAGAUCUGCUUGCUCUCGGCGCUGGUGUUCGCCGGUGGCGUGUGCGUGAUCCUGGGCUGCAUGUUGGGACUCAAACUGAUGUGGAUGGACGGUCAGGAUACCCAGUGCCUGCGGGAGUGUGGGACGGUGCGGCGCUCGCUGCUCAGGGCGGCGCGAUUCGUGCAGGCCAACGUGGACCCCAGCGUGGCGCCGUGCCACGACUUUUACAGCUUCGCGUGCGGCGGGUGGUUGCGCCGACACGCGAUUCCCGAGGAUAAGCUCAGCUACGGCGUCAUCACGGCCAUCGGCGAGCAGAACCAGGAGAAGCUGCAGCACCUGCUGGAGGAACCGGUCGGACGGAACGAGCCGGAAAGUGCUGAGAGAAAGGUGAAGGAGUUCUAUCGCUCCUGUGUGAACAUCCAGGAGAUCGAUCGGCUCGGAGCCCAGCCCAUGCUGGAGGUGAUCGACAGUUGCGGCGGGUGGGACCUGGCAGACGCCGCGCCCGGAGGGGCAGGCUGGGAGAGCGGCUCCGCCCCGACCAGGCCGAACUUUGACGAGAUGCUUUACAGGACCCAGGGUGUUUACAGCACGGCUGUGUUUUUUUCUCUUACGGUCAAUGUGGACGAUAAGAACUCGUCACGUAACACGAUGCGAAUUGAUCAGGAGGGACUGACGUUACCUGAGAGAACUCUGUACCUGGGUCAAGAUGAGGACAGUAUCAAGAUCUUGGCGGCUUACAAGGCACUCAUGGAGAGGCUGCUGAGCAUGCUGGGAGCUCAUAACGCCACCGUGAAGUCACGCGAGAUUCUGGAUCUGGAGGCGAGACUGGCUAACAUCACUGUGUCAGAGUUUGAGGAUCAGAGGAAAGACACGAGCAGCAUGUACAAUCGAAUCACGCUCAAACAGCUCCAGCUCAUGGCUCCUGGUAUACACUGGAAGCGACUGCUGGAUAGAAUCUUUCACGAUCAUUUCUCAGACGAUGAGGAGAUUGUGGUUCUGGCUACCGAUUACAUGCAUAAAGUCUCGGACAUCAUCAAAAACACCUCCAAAAGGGUUCUCCAUAACUACAUGUUGUGGCGGAUCGUCGCGGCUCUCAGCGAGCAUCUAUCCACCGCGUUCCGCAGCACCAUCCACGAGUUCUCGCGCGAGAUCGACGGAACCGAGCGGCAGCUGGAACUCGCCCGCUUGUGUCUCAACCAGGCCAACAAACACUUCGGCAUGGCGCUCGGGGCCCUCUUCGUCCAGCGCUACUUCUCCUCUCACAGCAAGGCCAAGGUACAGGAGCUGGUGGAGGACAUUAAACACUCGCUGGAUGUCAGACUGCAGGAACUCGACUGGAUGGAUGAUGAGACCAAGGAGGCAGCGAGAGCCAAGCUCCAGCAGAUGACGGUGAUGACCGGUUACCCAGACUUUCUGUUAAAGCCAGAGCUUAUUGAUCAGGAAUACAAGUUUGAAGUAAAUGAGAAGACCUACUUCAAAAACGUCUUGAACAGCAUCAAGUACAACAUCAACCUGUCCAUAAACAAGGUCCACAAAGAGGUGGACAAAUCCAACUGGCUUCUUCCACCCCAAGCUCUAAAUGCGUACUAUCUACCAAACAAGAACCAGAUGGUAUUCCCGGCAGGAAUUCUCCAGCCGACUCUGUACGAUCCAGAAUUUCCGCAGUCUCUGAACUAUGGAGCAAUUGGAGCGAUUAUCGGACACGAGUUAACCCACGGCUACGACGACUGGGGUGGGCAGUACGAUCGAUACGGUAACCUGAAGCAUUGGUGGACCGAUAAGUCGUACAGGAAGUUUCAGAAGAAAGCCGAGUGCAUCACCAAACUGUACGACAACUUCACCGUCUACAACCAGAGAGUGAAUGGUGAGCUUACUCUUGGUGAGAACAUUGCUGAUCUUGGUGGCCUGAAACUUUCCUACUAUGCGUAUCAGAAGUGGAUAAGGGAUCACGGUCCUGAGAGACCACUGCCGGGCCUCAAAUACACACACGAGCAACUGUUCUUCAUAGCGUUCGCUCAGAACUGGUGUAUGAAGAGACGCUCUCAGUCCAUCUACCUUCAACUGCUGACCGAUAAGCACGCUCCUGAACACUACAGAGUCAUCGGCAGCGUGUCUCAGUUUGACGAGUUCGGACGUGUGUUCCACUGCCCCAAAGGUUCACCGAUGCAUCCGGUCAACAAGUGCUCAGUCUGGUGA